UGGAACGGUAGGAGGAGGGUGUUUCCUCGUGUGUUGGCCUCGAGGAUAUACGAACCGACGCACGAGCUCGGAACUUCAGUCUAGAAAGCGACGUGCGCUACCCUCGUCGUCGUUUGGGGAUACGACGCGGUGUCGUUCACGCGUGAUUAUUAUCAUGCUUGAGAAACGUGCUAUGUGUUCGUGCACCAGACGACAGGUGCAACCCCUACUGAUGCUAGCUGCUUUUCUCGUUGGCGUAAGAACGGAGCUUGUCGAUCCAAAGUUUAAGGAACCAAUUGUCAACGUGACUGCCCCCGUCGGUAGGGAAGCUAUGCUGUCGUGUAUCGUACAGGAUCUGGCAGGAUACAAGGUGGCAUGGUUACGAGUUGAUACGCAAACCAUACUGACGAUAGCGAAUCACGUGAUAACGAAGAACCACAGAAUCUCGGUAUCUCAUAGUGACCACCGUACGUGGUUUCUCCACAUACGCGAAGUCAGGGAGUCUGACCGAGGAUGGUAUAUGUGCCAGAUCAACACAGAUCCUAUGAAAAGUCAGAUUGGUUAUCUCGAAGUUGUCGUUCCACCAGACAUUUUGGACGACGAAACAAGUACGGACAUGGUCGUGCGAGAAGGAAACGACGUGACAUUACGAUGUUCAGCAACGGGUUCACCAGCACCGAACAUUACCUGGCGUCGUGAGGAUGGUCAACAAAUUCUCCUCGGUAAUGGAGGGAAAGCUAUGACCGUGGAAGGGGCUCAUUUCAAUAUUACCAAAGUAAAUCGACUGCACAUGGGCUCGUAUCUAUGCAUCGCGACCAAUGGAAUACCUCCGUCAGUCAGUAAAAGAAUCACGCUGAUCGUUCACUUUCCACCAAUGAUUACUGUACCAAAUCAAUUGGUAGGAGCUCAGGAAGGACAACUAAUGACGUUGGAAUGUCUCUCGGAAGCUUAUCCGAAAUCUAUUAAUUAUUGGACAAGAGAUAAUGACGAAAUUGUACCUCAAGGAGGAAAAUACGAGCCGGUCUUAUUAGACAACACCUAUAGAGUUCACAUGAAGUUAAUUAUACACUCGGUGAGCACUAAAGAUUAUGGUUCAUACAAGUGCGUUUCAAGGAAUUCAUUGGGUGACACCGAUGGAAGUAUCAGUGUAUACGCGAUACCCUCCGGUUCUGGUUCCAAUAGCAACACAGGCAAUGAUACAAAGUACAAAGGAAAACUGAGGCAAAAUUCUGGAAACAAUAUUCUCGAGGGUAACCAAGAUAUGUUAAAGGAACGAGAUCUGAAACUUCGUAGCCGGAAUAAGAAUGGCGAUGUGACCGAUGAUUAUGAAGAUUCGAGCUCGACGAGGAAGAAAAGUUCAGAACUUUUAUUAAUAGUAACCAUUAUACUGAUCUUGUGCCUGAACCAUCGUCUACCAUUUAGGACACUUAAUCCUGCUUGAAAGUCAUGUCACAGAAUUACCGGUCAGCAGCAUAAUAUUAUCGAACAGUUAUGGCGAUUUUUCUUAAAUCGCGUUAAAAACAACUUGGCGAAUAACCUUGUCAAAAUUUAUCGCUCAGGGACUUUCAUUCAAGAUUGAUGCUGACCAACCACACGCAAUCUCGCUUUGUAUUAUAAUGUAAUAAUUAUUAAGAAUGUAUAGAGGAGACGACGAGUAUAACGAUAAUGGGUGUGGAAUGCAUUUUCUUCGUCGAGUUUAAACAACUCUCAAUUUGUUGUUGUUCUCACUUUUAUCGAGAUCUCACAAAGUUUAUUCGUUAAAAGGAAAAACGACCGAAGGUUUUUCUGGAAGAUAGGAUCCUUCCCAACAACAGCUACUCGACUUCCAUCAGUUUCCUGUUUUUCCGUGCUCGUCCUUUUUAAACAAUCUCCUUCUUCUUCUUUUUUUUUUCUUUCUUAUUUUCUUUCUUCUUUCUCUACCUUUCGAAAUUUCGAGAGACGAUUCUUCAGAAAAAUACAACACUCAAUCGAUAGCAGCAGCUAGAGCAUGGAAGGAUGUUUGAUCGAGGGAAGGAUGUUAUUAUCUUUCGAAAAAUAAAGUAAGAAAGAAAAAAAUCCGGAAAUUGUAUAUUCUAAAGUUGAUUCUCGACUAAACACCCAGCAGGUUCCUUGAAAGAAAGAAAGAAUUUUUAUUAUAUCGUACGAGUAUUUAAUAACGCGCAGUUACGUAGUAGGAUAUUAUUAUUAUUACGAAUGAUCUUAAAUUAUUCUAAAUGAAGUGUUUUUUUUUAGAAAAAGAUUAAAAUGAA